CAUACUCUUACACCAGUUGAUGUUCUGGACUCUUCAGCAGGAGCACAGAAAGAAUACAUCUCGCUGGAAUGCCAACUAGCAAUCAUUCAAUCAACUACAUUCUUAACCCCAGGAGUUCAACUACUCAGUUAAGCAAACUCAGUAACUCGAAUCUCGAUAAGAAGCAACAUAACACGGGAAAAUCUCAAUGCAGCUAUACUGAUUCUGCUACUCAAAGUGUAAUAGAAGAAACUGUACAUGAUAAUGGAUCCAAACAUCAGAAUGGGUUCACACUUGAUAGGCAAUUCGAAUUUCGAAACAUGAGAAACCAAAGCAAAUACAACACAACAACCCAAUAUGUAACUCUAUUCCUACUUGAAAACCCACGGAGGGCAAAGGGAUCAGUGGGUCGGUCGCCGCCUUGGUGGAGGUCCGACGGGAUCAGUGAUUCGAGAUUGAAUCCAAAAGAGACCGACCAAGAUUCAAGGAUAUGAAGAGGGAGGGAGAGAGUACCAGAACGGCGGUGUGACCCGGGAUGCAGAGGCCGGCGGAGGUGCGAAUCUAGAUGUUAGGUCAGGGAAAGAGACUGGGGAUGGCGGUGGAAGAACAGAGUAAAGAGUUGGGUGAUUGCAAAUCUAGGUUGAAGGAGAAGGAGGAGAUUCUGGAACACUACAAGAGGCUUUUGGAGGAGAGCAAAGAUGCGAUGAAGGAGAAGGAGUCGGCGAUGAAUCGAUUGAAGGAGGUGAUCGAGGACAGGGAUGGAGAGAUUCGGCGAUUGAAGUUGAGGUUAAAAGAGGCGGGUGGUAGUGGCGGCAAUGGAAUUGGUACAACCGGAGGUGACGAAGAAUUGAAAGCGAUUAGGGAUCGUUUGGUCGCUAAAGAGAAACAGGUGGAUGAUUUCAAGGCGGCUGUCAAAUGCUUUUUCAGGACUGGCGGAUCUGGCGGGGACUGGCCGACUGGGUGAGGAAGAAGAAUCGCCGCCGGGAGGAUUGCAGUUUGCGGUGAGGAAGAAAAAUCUCUGCAAAUCUACUCGAGCGUUGGUGGUGGACUGGUGGGCGACCUUCAGUAAGAAUUACCGGUUUGCGGUUUUGAACCGUGUGGUUUCAGUCAAACCAAACCGCGAACCACGAACAACUAAAUGGUUAGUCCGCAAAUGAAACCGAUAGUUAACG